GCUACUUGCAUCACGCAUACAGCACGAACCUCACUUCCUUUAGUUGUCGCUCACUCACACACCAAUCACACAGCACCCCUCAAAAAAAAAAAAACCUCUCUUUCUUUUAUUUUCCUCUCUUCAACACGAUGCCCGCGUCUUACCCUGACAGCCGCAUCGACGCCACCCUGGCGCUGAUGAAGCCGAAGUUUUUGGAGGUUUUCAAGACGGAGCCGAGCGAGGUGGAGUGGCUCCUUUUCACCUUCGCCCCGGGUCGCGUAAACUUCUACGGCGAGCACGCCGAUUACAUGGGCGGUUACGUCUGCCCCGGUGGCCUGCGCGAGGGCUGCCACAUUCUUGUUGGCCGCGUGGCCAAGUACAAGGACGCGAAGCUGCGCUUUGCGACAACGAAGGGCCAGUACUACGAGCUCGCCUCCAUCGCGGAGGGUUCGCAGAACAAGGACUGGUCAACCUUUGCGCGCGGCGCGGCAUGCAUUAUGCUGAACGAUCUCAAGAAGGAUCUGGAUGACGCGGAACUGCAGGGCAUGUGCCUCAUCUCCCAUGGCACGCUGCCGAUGGGCUCCGGCAUGAGCGCCUCUGCCUCGUACGACGUGGCCCUCCUCAUGGCCAUCCGCAGCGUCGCGCUGGCCACCUACAAGGCCGCCCCGCAGACGCAUCCGCACCACUACCCCGAGCUGCAUCGUGGCAGCCGCGAGGACAAAAUCAAGCUCACGAAGCAGGCCCUGCUCAUCGAGACGAAGUACUGCGGGGUGAAUGUCGGCAUCAUGGACCAGUUCUCCUGCGUGCACGCCACCAAGGACAAGUUUAUGGCGCUCGACUGCGACACUCUGACUUUCAAGAACCACGAGAUCGGCAACAUCACCGGACCUGACGCGUGUUUCCUGCUGAUCAACUCGAUGGUGAAGCACGAGCUGACGGCCGGCGACCACGGCAACGGCUAUAACGCCAUCCGCAGCGACAUUGAGGGAGCUGAGUUGGCGGUCAGCAAGACGAAGCUAGGCGGCAAGCCCUUCAAGUUCUGCCACAUCGCCCGCAACCCAACCAAGUUCACCACCGGCGAUCCGGUGCAGUUUGUGGCCGAUUGCAAGGCCGCCAUGACCCCGUCACAGUACGCCCGUGGCGUCUUCAACGUCGCCGAGCAGAUCCGCACAAUCGACUUCAUUAACCUAUCGGAGCCCUCUUGCCCGCUCUCCCCUGCAGAGCGCUACAAGCGGGCCGGCGAGCUGCUUAACGCGACCCACGAGGGCCAGCGCGAUGCCUUGCGCAUAUCUACGCCGGAGCUCAACUUCAUCCAGGAGGCGAUCAACAAGGAGGAGGGCGUGGCUGGUGGACGCUUGAUGGGCGGCGGCUUUGGCGGGUGCAUUCUGCUGCUCCUUAAAAAGAGCGCCGUGGACCGUGUCCUGAGGAACGUGCAGGCCGGCUUCAAGGCGAAGUUCGGUCUGACUCCGGAGGCGUACCCAGUAGAGCUGUGCGACGGUGGCUUCACUGUUUCUCUCUGGUCAGGCAAAGCAUCUUCGCUGUAA